GAUUAAUUACACAAGCCAAGAGCUUCUCGAGAGAGACGAGUUUGACAAUGAAUUGGCAGUCUGCGCCCAUCGUGGCUCACCCAUAUCAAACGUCUGGUCCUUCUCAAAUACGUCCUAUUCCUAGCAGCACCUUUCCUGUCCCUUAGCUUUACUUGAACUAGGCGGCAGAAAAUGGCCACGCUGCAGAUGGCCCGCUCGGGCGUGUUCACCAGCCGUGCUUCGGCUCCCCGCGCUGUGGUUCGCGCUGUGGUUCCCGUUGCUCCUCGCAGCGCCCAGACCAGCUCGUUCCUGGGCGAGGCCACCCUGGUUGCCCCUUCCUCGGGCAUGAAGUGGACUAUGAUGCGCCACGGCAACCGCGUUAAGCACCUGGGCCGCCCGGCUGACCAGCGCAAGGCUCUCAUUCGCUCGCUUGUCACCGAGGUCAUCCGCCACGGUGCCAUCCGCACCACCAAGGUCAAGGCCAUGGUGAUCCGCAAGUAUGUGGACCACAUGAUUACUCUGGCGAAGGACGGCUCGCUGCACGCCCGCCGCCAGGCCAUGGCCUUCCUGUACGACAAGGACCUGGUGGGCAACCUGUUCGAGAACGCGCCUGAGCGCUACGCUGAGCGGCCAGGCGGCUACACCCGCGUGAAGACGGAGCCCGUGCUCCGCCGCGGUGAUGCCACCGAGAUGGCCGUGAUUGAGCUGGUGUAAAUUAGCACAGCGGCAGCUCGGAGCGGCUUGGAGCGGGCGAGCGGCUAAUGCGGACGCGGCGGCAGCACUGGCGCGGGACGGUGGUGGCUGUGGCGCUGGACUGGUGGCGCGGAGGCAGCAGCAGCUCGCUUGGGCGGGGCAACGGUGGUAGUGGCAAGCAGGCGCCAUUGCUGCGUUGUGUGCGCCAUUUGGGUCGGUCGGAUGCGGAGAGGGAUGCUGGGUCACACAGCGGCAGCAGUCGACGCGCCCGGCAGCGGACAUCGCUGAGUUUUGAGGGCGCGGCAAGGCGUCGCGGUGGCGCGGCAGCGGACCAGUUGCACGGCGGUUGCCGUAUAGUUUUGGGACUUGUGCAGUUAUGGAAUAGAUGUGGUUUGGGCUUUGCACAGCUUCAUGAUGGAAUGGGCAAGGAGCGUGGAGGGUGCAUGCCGCCGCUUUCGUGACGUCAGUCGCGAGCAGAGCGGGCGGCGAGCUGGCGUCAUCGGCGGCGGAGGCCAGAGCAGGCGCCGUUAUGCUCUGGCAGCCGGCCAGCAGCGGCCGCCUGGGCUGUCGGAGGGCGGCUGCCCAAGCGCCAUCACGGCUGCGCUCCGCAGUUUGGACCGGCGGCACGCUCCAGCAGCAAUUUUGACAGGAGAGCCAUGUUUUGACUGGCAGCAGCGGGGGUGCGGCUUGCCCUGCUGUCCGCUUGGUCUACAGGCCACCAGCUGCUGAGAAGCUGCCGGAUUAGUUCAGCUGCGCUGGAUUCGGUCGGGUGCGGCUGGGCAUGACACUCAGGAUGAGGCCCCGAUAUGGGUCGGGUGGAGCGUUUGUAGCCGUUGCACAGAAUGGUGUGCACGAGGUUUGAGAACGGCAGUGCGGUGUUGGCCUGUUUGCAAGAGGCAAGGCUCAGCGACGCUGGGCAGGUGUAAUGAAACUCAAAA